AUGGUACACAUUCACCUUCGUGGCGACAGCCACGGCAAUCAGGUUUCCGUAUCGAGCCCCUCCGUACGGACUCGCUAUCUCAACCUUCACCGCGGCACAACUCGCGCACCGACAACUCCACGAGCGGAGCAUACCCAUGCCGCCACCCACACUCCGCAAGCAGAGCAUACAGACCCCGCCACCCCACCCACCCCCCACAAUCCCGCAGAAGCAUUUCACGCCACACGCACUCAGACGAUCGCCUCCUUCCGGACAGUUGCAGCGGAGACAGCGACGGCCAGUGAUAUGAGCUUCAUCUUCGACGCUAUUGUAGCACUGUCUCCCACUGAUACAACUCCAUCCUCAUAUGUUGCCCCGUCGGAUUCUGAUGCAGCCAAGUCGACACCGAGCAUGGGCCAACUUGCCCCCCCGCGCUACAGCGGCAGCACUAGAGACAUCGAAAUCGACAGCCACAAGUUCAUGCUCCCCACAGACGCGGUCCAUGCCUUCCUGGAAACUCGUGAAAUGACGAUUGCCGCUUUUCGGAUGAUUGCGGCGGGGGAAGCGGCGGUGGGGGGCGGGAGGGAUAUGGCGUUCGUUUUUGGCACUGCUAUUUUUGCUACCCCUGAGGGGACAAGAAUCGUGGAAGGAGAGGGCGAUAUGGCAUCUCAGGCUCAUAUUACUGACGGAGAACGUACGCCAGCGCCUAUUUCUGAGGAGACAGAUGAGAUAGAGGUUCACGAGGUUGACGAGGAUGAAGACAAGGAUUACGCCACGCCCGCGUCCAGUGGCGGCCGCAGUCCUCGCUCCUGGCAGGACCUUACUCCCGCGGUUCCAUUCCUUAGCGAAGGACUUCGUCGUCGGGCAGUUGGUGACACAGUGCAGGCUGUAAGUGUGUCUAUCGCCUCGACUUCAACCCCUAUCAUGACACCGGCCCCAACCCCUAAGAAUACCCUGGCUCCAGCGCCCCCCAUUCCCCCGAUCCCCACCCCACCUACCGCAACCCCGCCCCGGAUCGCCAACCACCUGCCAAGCACCUUUCUUGGUAACUUCCCCGACCUCGACAACGCCGAGCUCAAGCUCGGCCGGUCCAACAAGUUGCUUUCAGGGAUGUAUAUCGACGGCUGGCUAUCAAUCGGUGGGAAGUUUGCUGCAACGACGGAGCUGGUUGGGGAGGAGAGGUGUUGCGCGUGUGUUUCGCGGGCUGACGAGAACGGGGUGGCUGGGCAGGCGGUGUGUAAGGUGCUUACGGAGGAGGAUCCAGUUGGUGGGGCGUUUGUGGAGGAUGAUCCGGGGAUGGAAAGUGGGUGCGUACUGUUUGAUGACGGGGUUGGAGUGUAA